AUGGCAGUCUCAGUUGGUGUUCCAUCCAUCUCCCAGGUUUGUGUUGUCUUUUUUAAUGCAUUGUUUUAGAUUAUCGUCGAUUGGAACAUUUUUUGUCGAAUAUUCAUGUUUCAUCUCAUAGUACCCCUCCGAUCUCGAGAGAUUUCUGUCAUUUUACCAAUCAAAUUUCCAGCUUUUUCUUGCUCCCGUGUAAGCUAAUAAUUUGCAAAAUUAAUAGGUAAUUUCUAGUUGCACAAAUUCAGUCCAUCGCUCUUGGCUUAUCUGAAAUACACCAGGCGGGUUCAGAUGUUUUUUUUUUUAUAUACAGAACAAUGUAUUUAGAUGCUCUAAAGAAAAUAAAUGCCGCUCGUUGGUGAGCUAGUCCGUAACAAUAUUAAUCAAGGCAGGCAGGAAGAUGCGAAGAUGUUACCUUGCCCAUUUAAUUGUGAAAUUUCUAAAGCAAAUUCGGCGCGUAAAUUACAAUUUUUUUUUAUAUUUAGUGAAAUUCUCGCGACUGCUGUAGUUUUGUUUGAAAUUGACUCUGUUUCCAGCGUGUUUCUUUCGUGACAUUUCCUUAUCAGUGCAUUGUAAACAUAGAUUGAAUUUUUGAAAAAUCUAAUCUUUAUAGUAAUAACGUGCUCUUCAUAUGUUCUUCCUUGAUAAUGGCCUGUUACAUUCACAGCUGUCAGCGGGACAUGCGACUGUCUAUGAGAAUUUUUUCAGACAGGUAUGUUUUAGUUAAGUUUUAAAAAUGUUAGCAUCAUAUAAUUCGAAACAGAAACAGUUACUUAAUGAGUUGUUACUUACAUUUUUGAUAGCACCAGUAUUAACAAGUAAAAGAAAUGCGAGCUUGCGGUUCAUUUCUUGUCUAAAAUUCGGGCUCGACAUUUGUUACAUUAUAUUUGAGAGUUAUACUGAAAGUGAGCAUUUACUAGAUGACGACAGAAGAUCGAUUUAAUUAUAGACAGUUUUGAAUAAUUAUGGAAUUACCGACUCGUGCGCUGAAUAACAAAUACCUGGAAAAAAAUCAGAAUUCAUUUGCAUGGAGCAUUGCCCGAGGAACCAGGAUAAUUUUUGCUAUGCAAAGACCAUAUGUAUUGAGACUAUUUAAAAGCCAACAUAUGCAUAUUAGAGAGAAAUGAAUAAUCACAAAACUGUUCAUAAAAAUAGAAAAUUAUUUUGUCUUGCUAUUGUUUUACUCAAGGAGGUAAGUUUCUAAAGAAACUGUGGUGCAGCAUCAAUGGGUGAUAUUUCAAGACAAUUUGGUUUCAUCAGCUGAGUUGAUAAUAGGAACUGUAUGUUAACCCUUUAACUCCCAGAUCAAAUUUGUCAUUCUCCUUCCUGUUUACCAUAUAAUUUUUAUUAUGUUAGUUCAGAGAAUUUAGUAUUGGAUCAACUUAUUAUCCCCAAAUUAAUAUUUUUCUUUAUUCUCAUCUCUUAUCUGGUUGAUAUUGUAUUGAUAUUGUAAGGAGAAAUUCUGUCUUGGUCACUCAUGGGAGUUAAAGGGUUGACAAGACUACCUAAAUGCUCAGCCAGAAUUGUACUCGAUAAUUACUUUUUUUCUGUAUGUGUCUUAAAUUAUUUUAACAGGCAGAUGUGUCUAACACUGGUCAAAUUGGAGCAUCUGAUGCUGCAGCCUUCCUUAAAAAGUCUGGUUUAAAAGAGGGAAUUCUUCACCAGGUAAGCAUAACAGUUUUCCAUUGUUAACUGUUUUAUGUAGUGGAGGCAGCUUUUAUAGUACAUCUUCUGUAAAUAAUAAUUAUAUGUUACCAAAAUGGCAUGAGGAGUUUUUUAAAGAAGAUACUUCGUGUUUUAUUGCAAAUGAGAUGAUUAAGCUUAGAGUAAUAAUAACUGACCAAGAGUAUUGAUCAGUUGGUAUGAACUUAGUUUGAAUAUUAUGAUAAUCAGAAUUUUACUAACAGAGAAGGGAGUGAACCCAAUCAGCUUCACCAGAGCCCCAUUAGCCAACAGAUUUCCUGGUUGAUCAUAAUAAGCCUUUAUGGCAACUGUGUGAACUUUUGUAGAUUUGUUUUUUUAUCAGGCGUCCCCAUGUUUUGCAAUUCCAUACUUUGCCUGUUUCCACCUCCCUUAACAUGGACUGAGGGUUGGACUUGGGAAGUAUAUGAUACAUGUGUCUGAGAAGAUGUUCAAUGUUAACUGCAUCCAUUCAUUUUUUACAGAUUUGGGAGCUAUCUGAUCCACAAGGAACUGGAUUUCUUGAUAAACAUGUAACAAUAUAUGGAAUUACUUUUAAUUAUAAAUUUAGCACUAGUAAAUUGUUCUCUUCUUCUUUAUCAAAUCUUUUAAUACAUUUCAGAGAUGUUCUUAUCAGUAAACUGCUUAUAAUCAAUUUUACAGAGAUUUUUCUUGGCACUGAGAUUGAUUGCCCUAGCACAGAAUGGUAAAGAUGUCUCACUGUCAAAUCUGAUGUUGCUAGUUCCAGCACCAAAAGUAGUGAGUAUAUAAUGCUUAUCAAAUGCUGCUGCAAUUUUUACAAAUACAUUUGGGAUUUUUUUCAGAUUUUUCUGUUUCCCUGCUUUCAAAGGUUUAAGUUUGAAGAUUAUGUUCAGUUUAACACUCUUGGACUUUGGCUAAGCAGUACUGUAUAUUCAAAAUUCAGUGUUGUAGUUGGUGUAAAGAAAUGCUGUACAUGUACCUAUUGUGUUUUUUUUUUGUACACACUCAGUAAUCAAACUUUUGAAUAAGUUACCACCUGUAAAUAUAAUUUUUUCUUUCUAUUGAUUGUUUCCUGUUCCUUAACCCCUUACACCCUAGAAUCAGUAUCCAUAUUCAAAUUUUUUUUUUCAGGGUGAUGUGAUGCUUCCAGCUGUACCCCCUCCACAGGAAAGUACACUAUGGGCUGUAAAACCAGCAGAAAAAGCUAAAUAUGACAACAUUUUUGAAGUAAGUCAACCUAAGUAGAAGUAGAAUCUAUGAUCUUGAAAAAAUGUGGUAUUAAUUUAUUGUUUCAAUUUAAUAUGCCAAUAACUUUCCACCUUCAAUAAUUUGCAAAAACACUUUUUCUUAAUUUAAGGGGCUACAACCAGUCAAUGGUCUUCUUCCAGGAGAAAAAGUGAAACCUGUAAGUUAUGAGUUUAUUGAUUAGUGAAUUUUAUAUACAGCCCUGUUAUAAGCAGCUAAAUAGUAACAAGUCUUUUUGAAAGUGAUUUGAAUAUUUAUUUUUUUUGCAGAAAAACUUUUUUUAGUUCAAUCACUUGAAUAAUGUUUUUUUCCAUCUUGUAGUUAGCUACCUCAAAUGGUUAUGGUAUUUCUGUUCUUUAUAUUGUCUCUAUAUUGCCUUAUACUGUAAAGCAGAUGAUGAUAUGUCUCUAACACUGACCUUUUUUUUCAGGUUCUUUUAAACUCAAAGCUUCCUAUUGAUGUGCUUGGUCGUGUGUGGGAGCUUGCUGAUAUUGACAAAGAUGGAAUGUUAGACAGUGAUGAAUUUGCAGUGGUAAGAAAAAUAUGAUUCAUUAUUUAUCAAGAUAAAUGGCACAUUUAAGCCAAGUUUAAAUCAAAUUAAGGUUCAAACUCAAUUUCUUUCAAGAGUCACUCAGAUUUCUUUUGUUUCCAUCAUUGAUUCUGUCACUGUGAGAGUGUGAAAGGAGGUAACUUAGUUACUUGUGAAAAUACUGUAGUUAUUUUUAAGAAGUUCAUGGCAGAGUGCUGACUUGUUAUUUUAUUGUAGGCAAUGCAUCUUGUGUACCGUGCAUUAGAAGGAGAUCCAGUCCCCCUAACGCUUCACGGCAAGCUUAUACCUCCUUCAAAAAGGAAAUUAAAAUUGUCUUCAUCAGCUCCUUCCUCACCAUCUCCAAAGGGACUUACUCCACCAUCAGUCAGCAGUUCUGUUCUCUCCACAGGCACAGUGAGUUUUAUUCUGAAUCAGUGAAACAUUAUUCAACUUUUGGGUCCAGAAAAUAUCCAUGCCCUCCCUUCCCCUUUAAGGAUUGGUCAACCCUUCCUACCCCUGUGAGGAUUGGUCACUUGAAAUUCCACAUGGAAGAUGAUGGGGUAUCAACUGCCUAAAUAUUCCAGAAAAAGAAUAACCAAACUGAAAUUUCUCAAUUUGUGGAUGGCUGAAAACCAUCUCCUUUAUGAUAGGAACAUCAAAUUCUAUUUUCUAAAAAAUCCAAUAUUGUUGCUGUACAAGUAUGUAGGACAAGGUUGCAACUGUAUUUAGCACAUCAAAAACAAGGGUUUAAACUUUCCAAACAGCCAGAAAAUAGAAUGAUAUAUGUUAUUGUAGAACUACAUGUAGAAAGCAUGUGAACCUGGUUGUCUGAAAUUAUCUGUAAACAGAAAAUUCAGUGUUUAAUCUCCUGCCAGAUGUCUAUUAAGUUUUUAGUGUAUUCUGCAAGGUCAAACUGUGAGGUCAAACAAGGUGAAACUAUCUUUCUGACCAGUUAGGUGUAUUUUGAUAAAACCAAGCACAGCCUUGUCUCUCGUGUUUUCUCACUCUUCUAGCAUUUUGCUUGUUUUUGCUUUAAGAAUUACUUUUUAGUAAUUCCAAACAAAUUAUUACUUGCUAUCUCAGACUACUCAGGAAACCCCAUGGGUUGUUACAAGUGCUGACAAGUUGCGUUAUGAUGCCAUGUUCAAACAAGCUGAUAAGGAUGCUGAUGGACUUGUUUCUGGUAUUUUUAAAUUCAGUGAUGUUCCUAAUUGUUAAAUUGUCAUCUGCAGUCCAGUAAUAUUGUUGUUCAAGGUGUACACUUUUGAAUUUUUUCCCCUUACAUGAAGAAGAAAAUGUGUGAACUUCCACAUCUUUAACAGUUAUAGAGACUCACUUGUUGAGAUAUGGAAAUGUUGAUUUGGUACUUUGGCAGUGCCAUUUUGAAACAGGAAACUUUUAUUUUCCAAAACAAUGCGGAACAAAGCAAGCUGAAUGCAUUGAAUGAGACUCACUCUUUAAUACGCGCUUUUUUCCUUGAACGAAACACAAAAAAUGCAUGAAGUUUAUGUGUAUAUGUGGGCCAUCUACCUCUGGGCUGUACUGUAGGUGUUAUUGGAUUAUUUUCACAUACAGCGGAGUUGUAGACUAAAUCAUACAAAUUAUGUAACUUAUUCCGUCUGGUUUUUUUUUUCAUUUUGUAGGAGAAGAAGUGAAGAGUAUCUUCAUGGCAUCUGGGUUGCCGCAACAAGUUCUUGCUCACAUAUGGUUAGAAAUACUUUUACAUGAUGCCACAUACCAUGCAUUACAUAAUCAUUUUAUUUAUGCUAGUGCUAGUUUGAAAUAACCAUAACUCUAGUGUUAAAAAUUCUUCUAAAAAAGGGCUGACUGACUUGAAUAUGGCGUCAUGAUACAUAUAAGUGUGUAGUUUCUGCAAAUGAUUUGCUGCUCUGAAGAUGAUAUUUUGGCGGUGGCUGUUUUGGAUCACUCCAUUUCAAUUCAGUGUCAGAAGAGUUUAUGUUUGCUGUGUGCAACUAUAUGCAAUAAUGGAACAUUUUAUAUUUUUACCAUACAUAGUGUUGAGUCACAACUGGUAUAACUCAACACAAACUUGCCUAAUGUUAUUUUACUUUUCUUUAAGGGGACUGUGUGACACAACAGGCCAAGGACGCCUAAACUCUGAGCAGUUUGCCCUUGCCAUGUAUCUUAUACAUCAGAAGGUUAUGGGUGUAGAUCCACCACAAGCCUUGCAGCCAGAGAUGGUUCCACCCUCCAUGAGGAGUGGAAGUGCUGGCAGCCCUGCUGGGGGAGAGGAAAGAGUAAGAUUCAGUUUCUUAUAGAUUAUACUUAUUAGGGAUGGCUUAGUGGAUUUACCAUCAAUAAUAUUUUUUCUUGUUUCCUAACUGAUUCAAAUGUAAUGUUAUGGCUAGUUGCCUGAAAAGUUUAAUCUCACAUAUACAACAGAUUUUCAGACAUGUUUUGGAAGUUUGAUUUAUUUACUUUACCACCAACUCAUCAUGUGACAAUUUAUUUUUAUAUAAGGAGAAAGGAUUUCAUAGGAUUUGAGUAUUGGAGAGUUUUUUUCUCUUUUGUUCUUCAGGAGGGGGGAGGUGCUGGAUCUGUCAUUUCAACACUGAGUGAUUUUUCAGCCAUCAAAGAGCUGGACAAAAUAACCAAAGAAAUUGAAGACCUUGGGAGGUUAGUGUAAUACCAUUAAUAUUGAAUUAAAAUUUUAUUUAGAUGGUAACUACAAUUUGUCAUUUAAUAAUGGACUAAGGAAUUUGCCAUGAUGUGUUUAGAUUUUUCUGUUGUUAUAUAAGGUAUUUCUUCACCUGAUUUAGCUGUUUUUUUUUUUUUUUUUUACUUUUAAUGAGAAGGAAAUAUCUUCAGAAGGCCCCCUUGACAUAUACAUUUCAAAAUAAAAAUUCACUCAACCUUCUUUAAGUGUCCCAAAAUGCUUUAUACUAUACAUCUUUAAUUUUGUUCCAUUAUCCUUUUAGCUUUGUGAAUACAUAUUUCAUAUACAUAUUUCAUAUACUUUGUUAUAAUUUUUUUACGUAGAGAAAAAGCCAGCUUGCAGCAUGAGAUUGAAGAGAAAGAAGAAAUGAUCAGACAAAGAAAUGGAGAAAUACAGGUAAAUUGUCAUGUUAUCAGUGUCUUAUAUGAAACUUGUUAUUUGUCCAACAUCAUUAUGGCUAUCUUACUCUUUGUUUACAGAAUCUACAGAGUGAACUUGAAAAAACUAAACUGAAAUAUCAAGAAUUAGAGAGACAAAAAGCAGAUUCACAAGGCAAACUUGAUGACUUAGACAAAGAGGUGAGACAUGUCUGUACAGCUCUCACUCUUCUACUUUCUGGCAUUCAUCUUAACUGUGAUAUUUAUAAACAGUUUUCCUUAUCAGGCUUUGUGAUAAGGUAUCUCUCUAUUUCUCUUCACUAUGCCAGAGUUGCAAGACAAAUUCUGUUCUAAACUUUGUCUUUAACCCUUAAACUCCCAAGAUCUGAUUUUUAAUUCUCUCCUUAGCUGCUACCCAUUUCCUUGUAAAUUGGUUUUGAGAAUUUGGUGUUAGAUUAAGAUGACAACUUCUACCUGAUACAUUUGAGUAUUCUCAUUACCUGUUUGCUGGAUAGUGCAUAGAUAUUGUAGGGAGAAGUUACUUUUUAAUCACCUCUUGGAGUUAAAGGGUUUAUUUGAUGUUUUUUAUUCUUGCUCAAUCCAAGGUAUUGCAAAGGCGUGUCAGGGGAGGAUCAGGGUAUAUCUAGCCUCCUCUUUGCAGAGAUAAAGGAAUAUUAUAUGAUAACAAAGCAAUUAGACAGUCUAAUAGCAUCCUUGUGCCAAUAAGAAGCUAGUGCAGAAUUUCUUGAGGGGAAAUUAUGUCUGUCAUUGUGUUUCUGUGCAGAGCAUUUUCCUGCUGUCCUUAGUCACACAAUAACUGCUUUGCCUGCCUGAUUGUCACUAGUGUUGUUUAUUUUCCUUUCUUUUCCAGAAAGCCAAAUUGGAAGAAAUGUUGAAAGAUGCAAAGCAGAAAUGCGAGGAAGAAACAAAAACGGUUAGAGUAGUUCAAAACAGUAAAUACUAAUUGGACAUCUGUUUCUGCAGUGCAUGAAUAAUUACUAACAUUGGGAAUUAAUGUAAAAAUGAAAGGAAAAUAUGAUUUUUGCGAAUCUCUUUUCCAGAUAAACAGUUUGCAGGCGCAGAUCGCAUCUUCGAGAAAAUCAGCCCUGGUAUGUGAAUCUCUUUUAUUUCUACACCUUUUACCAAACAGUAGAAAAAAAAAUUCAUUCAGUUAAGGAAGCAUGCCCCUCUCUAACAAAGACUAUGGGGAUCGAAGGUUUUGUAUUAUUCCCCCUUUCCCCGUCCGUGAAUCCAUGUAUAAUCUUACGUGCUAAUAAGAUGCUUGUGAAGGAUCCCAACCCCACCCCUGUCUAUAAAACCCUCCCUACUCCUACUACCUAAAUGUUGGUUUUGGUGUGAGGAAGAAAGUACAUCUUAUUUUUCACUUUCUGUUUUUUCUUUUUUUACUUGUAAAAGCUUGAACUGCUGAUCCAUAAGAAACCAUGAACUAGAUAGUUUUGUGAGAUGUUAUCUACAAUUUUUGAUUAAUCAUCCCUUUUACAGCAACAAGAAGAAGAACUUAGCGACGCGAGAGAUGAAUUGAACAGAAUUAGAGAAGACGAAACCAAGCUAGAACGAGAGGUGAUCAGAGGAUUACUUCUUUUUCUGUCAUUUAAGGUUGGAAAUUUCGUUUCAACGGUGAAUUUUACGUCUACAGAUCGAGUCCAGUAAAGAACACCUAGAGACAGUCCAGAAACAAAUCAAAGCUGUUCAAACAGAAAUUUCGCAGGUAAGUAGAAUGAAAUCUUUGAGCAAGGAAAGUCCAGGUUAUAGACAUCAUUCACCUCUUUUCUCUCUCCUGAACAACAAUUUCGGAACCAAUAUUUCAUGCAUUCAAGCGAGCUCCCACUCAUAUCGCAAGUCUCUUUCACUUCAUGAGUUUAGAAAGGAUAUCAAUUACGAAUAUUUCUUUUCUAGGUCAGAUCAAAGGUUUCAACACUUGAAGAAACAAACAGUAGCCUAAACGCCAAUAUCGCACAUUACAAUUCGUUGAUGAACUCCAAUAGUUUGUCCAGUGGUCCAGCGUCCAUUCCGGAUUUUGCACCUCUGACAGAUGCGUUUGACAUGACGCCGACUCCUUCAGAAGCCGAUGCCAUGAGUGUCAGGGCGACGGUAAGUAUGGUAGUGAAAGCAAACGCGAUUAAAAAAAAAACAAAAAUACGUCCUCAAUGUUUUCACUUGACUAGUCGCCCAAGGCAAGACUUUGACGGUGAUUGGAAACAGUGUACUGAUUUUUAACUGGUACUCUGUGGGUGUAAAACCAGAUAAAAGAUGGCAGCCACUCUCAAGAUUGUCAAAUAUCAAAAUUGAAGAAUAGUUUAAGAGAUGUCGUGGUAAAUGUUAAAAAACAAAUAACACCAUGGGGAAGUACGGCUGCCGAAGAGGGUCUUUUGAAUGGUCACAGCACAGGACGUCGUUAACCCUUUAACUCUCAGAAGUGAUUAACAUGUUAAUUAUCCCUAUAAUAUCUAUUCAUUAACCAGCAAACAGGUGAUGAGAAUACUAAAACUCAUCAGGUAGAAGUUGUUGUCUUGAUCUAAUGCCAAAUUCUUGUAAGUAAUUUACAAGGAAAUGUCUAGCAACAAGACCAGAAAAUUGACAAUCAGAGCUUGGGAGUUUAAGGGUCAACAAGGUCAAACCUUAGCACGAUGAGAUGCAUCUCCAUAACUGGCUUCUUGAAAUUAAAAGGUGGAAGUUUCUUUUUUCGUUUAGGCCGGUAGCAGUCCCGUGAGCAGCAUAAGUGGCUUUAGUGUUGGAUCUGGUCGAGUAGAUGAAGCUGUAGAUGAUUUUAAGGUUGGUUACUUGUUUGAAAUUUAAGGAGUUUACCACAGAACUAUGUUUCUCUAAACUCUUUGUUUUCAUCGUCGAAUAUUCAAACUUGAAUCAACUUUCUAACUUCUUGGUUUCAGGAUACAGAUCCCUUCAAGAGCAAAGAAAAUUUAUUUAGUUCUUCGGAAACGGGUAAGCAGUAAUUUUGUCACAUUUUCCAUUGUGAAGUCUUCAUUUCGAUUUCUUUACCUCUUUUUUUUUUGUAGUUAAUAUUGCCAGGUGUUUUUAGACCAGGAUACAGGGAAUAUUUGGUAUUAAGUCUCUGCCCUACCAGUAAAUUUAAGAGUUUGACAUGGUAUAGUUAGAGUGAGAUUAAAUGAAAAGUUACCACAUCGACCUAGCAGAACAUAGGUAUACAACUCAAAGAACCAAUGAGAAAUUCAAGGUAGUUGCAUGUGACCGGCCUCAAGCGCGGGAAACAGGAAAGACCAAGUUACGAUUAGUUGUAUCUGAUUGGUUGAUAAAGAAGCACGAGUUUUCUGAACCAAUCACAGAGCGACACUAAAUCAAAUAUUGCUUUUGCUUAUAUUCUCUUUCAGAAUCUAACGAUCCUUUCCACGUAGACGAUCCUUUUAAAACAGACCCAUUUCAUUACAAGAGCGUCUCGUUCGCGGACCCUUUCCCAGGCGAUCCGUUUGAGGUAAGACUACUUUGACGUAUACACCACCCCUGUGAUUAUUACACCGUCAGUUUUACAUGUUUCAUACUUAGAACACUGAGGCGCGUCAUGACUGGCAUUCACGUUCUUCCCAGGGCGAAGAUUUGUUCAAAGGUGAUCCUUUUAAAAGUGACCUUCCAGCCAAUGCAGGAGCUAAUGGUUCUGGGGCAGGAAUAAGCAAUGGUGAGUUGGCAACAGAUUCUCCUAACUUUACAUCUGUUGGGGUAAAAUUUUUAUGAUAUUGAAGAACAAUCUUUUUAAAAAUUUUUUUUUUUCAAGCUUGUGAAGAAGAUUUUCCCAAUUUCUGUCACUAACGGACACGUGUGUAUCAUCUGUAUCAUCACACUUUGUCGCUUCGCAAAAGGCACAACAACUCAGUUCUUUUCUGUUAACACAGAAAUCCAGAGGGUGAAAGACUUCAGGCCCCUGUUUUUCGAAGGGUAGAUAACACAAUCUAUCCAUUGGAUAGUGCAGUACGUUUUGUUAACAUUUACCCUCUGGAUAGUGAUUUAUCCGCUGAAUAGCGUUAUCCGCCCUUUGUUCAACUGGUUCCUCUGGUGGUUUGCCGUAAGAUUACUAGAUUCAUCCGCUUCUUUAGCAAAGUGAGAGAAAUGUUGUCACAAUUGUUUACUGAAAGUGCUCUGACAGUCCAUCCUGAAUUAACUAAUUAUUAUUAUUAUUUUACUUUUUGAAGGUUUAUCGUCUUCACCAGCAAAAUCAGAUCCUUUUGCUAUGGAUCCCUUCCAGAGCACAUUUCCAAGCAGCAAAGUAAGUUGUAAUGUCUUCCCUCUUAAUAUUUGUUAAGGUCAGAUAUUCUACAAAUGAAUCACAAGUAACUCAUCUACGAAUUAAACCCCUUCCCACCCCCUCGCCCCCCCCCCAGGAAAAUUCUACCUACUCCCCUAAAGAAGUUUCUUAGAAUGAGCUGUGCUGUGGACUGAGAACAGUUCAGAGCCCCAGUGUAAUAUCAAAAUUUUAUUGUAUCAUGUUUUCCUUAUCAUUUCAGAGUCCGGCAGAUAACUUUUUCAGCUCGGAUCCGUUUAAACCAUCUGGGAGUGGUUCAGAUACUAAGAAAAGCACAAAUAACUCACAGGAUAAAGAUUCUCUCUCUUCUGUCAAAGAUCCUUUCAGCAAUCCCUUUGGUCCUGAUCCAUUUGGUCAGUUUAUUUAUUACUUCUUCUGUCUCUUUCUCUCUCUCUUAUUUAAAUGAUAUACUUAUGUAUGUUUUGUUAGAAAACUUUGAUCAUUUGCUAAGUUCUAAUUACCCGCCUUUUUUCUUAUGUAUUUUAAAAUAUCUUCAGGAGAAAAUAAAUGUGGUGCUUCAAUUGUUUAUCUCGGUUUAAGUAACGUAUCUUUUUUUUGUUUACUUUAUUCUAGGUUCCUGAUGAAACUCGACCUUUCCCGAUUAAACAUGCCGAAUUGUCUGAAUGUCUUCAAAAGUGUCGGCAAGAACAAGAUUAUGGCUCUUGUAGUCUGCGGCCUCAAAAACUUUGUUCAAAGUUAACGAAAACUAAGCAACGACUGUAUUGAGAGUCGAUGGGAAAAAUAGCAGUUUCGGUCAAAAUUUAAUUUUGGAGAAUUAGCUGAGCCCGCGAUCAUCUGAGCAAGUUUUGUUAAGUGACUUUUUGAUCAAUUUAGAUAUCUGGUACGUUACUAACGUAACAGCGUUCGGCGUGCUGAUGAGCCUUUACUGAUAAGUAAGAACACUUGAUUUCAAAAUGAAAUAGAUGCGUGAAAAAUUGUGGUGUUUUCGAGAGGGGUUCGUCUUCGCAGAUUAAAGUGUCCGUUUGUGCGGUCUUUACUACGGGUUCAAUUACGGUUGCUGGGGCGAAUCAAAUGACCGAAAACAGUGAUGGCGGGCUCAGACAAUACUAUUGGUAAGGAAAGAAAGCAGAAUAUGAAGCUCGUAAAGUUCGCUCGCUAUCCUUUCACAUAAACCUAUGCAAAGCACAUUUUGAGUGACUGUUGUAAAAACAAUAACUGAGUAUUUACAACAGCCAGUCAGAACAAAGGUAGUUAUUCCAAGCAGUGAGCGAGAGUACAAAGUACAAAUGGCACACUACUUGUAAGACCAGAAAAAGCAGAUGACUAAGUCGCGUUUUGUUUGAAUUGGGCAUCACAUUUCCUGAAAGGAUGACUCGAGUUUCUCGUACCAAUUACAGAACGAAGUCAGAGCGAGGUGUGAACCAUAACCGUUGAAAUGUCGGCUUUCUUUCGAAAAUUGCUCUGGAUUGGCCGACCCUGCUUACCUUUAUGUAAAGGAAUAGAGUUUGCUAUGAGUUCCUUUUGUGAACAAAGUAUGUUUUCAUUUCGUAUUCAAGGAGUUUCCCCUUCACUCUCAGAAAAAAUUAACAUGUAACCUCUUCCUAUAAUAUCUAUACAUUACCCAUCAAAGGUAAUAUGAAUACUCGAAGUUAUCAGGUAGAAGUUGUUAUCUUGAUUUAACACCAAAUUCUUGUAACUAAUCGAAAGGAACUGUUAAGCAGUUAAAGAAGAGAAUUAACAAUUAGAACUUGAGAGUUUAUGGAUUGAGGUUGCAUCGCGUUACUAUUUUUGGAUUUUUUUAGCUGACUCAACUUCUUUGUCAAGUGAUUGGUCCAAGGACGAGUUGUUGACAAAAGCUCAUUUGAUAUGUCGGGAACGUAUAAUGUAUUUAAUCACUGAAUUAUUUUAUUUUUAAUCCACAGCAAUAAACACAUGCUAAGAACUAGGAAUUUUAUUGAACACACCACAGAUGCAACUGAUUCUUGCCUUGAAGUCUUAACAUUGCUUGACGUCACUGCUGACCUCAGUGAAUGAAGUAAAAUGUGAGAUAAACUUGAACUAUAGUCACAAAUGAGUCCAUCUUGUUUGAAAUAAAACGUGACGUGACAGUAUUACGUUGGAUCCUUUUGCAACACAACGAAAGGUAGAGCAAUCUUUAAGGCGGAAAUUAAGAAACGUGUGGCAGGCUUUCGAUAAAGCGUAUUCCAGUAAGAUAGCUUGUGCUUAAGUUGCGUAACAUAAAAGCAUUCCAAGUUGU